AUGUCAAAUGAUCUAUCCUCAGUCCAAGCUGCCGGCGAGGGCACAGGAGAAGCCGUCCCUCCGAAGCAACAAGAUGAGGCUCUUUCGCAGCCAGUCCAAUCGCAACCCUCAAAUCCCCCACAAGAUGACAGCCCGAGAAGUCCUAAGAGGCGGCGUCUGUCCCCUGUCGAGAACCAUCCGAGACCAGAAGCUUCCUCCGUAGUGAGCGCUGACCAGCAAAAGAAGGAGAGUGAACCGACAGUGGUUCCUCAGUCUACACCCACAAAUGUCUCUGCCCCAGCUAGCACUCAAAGCCACCAUGCGCCUCCGCAGCCUCCAAAACCGCAGCCUAGUAUCGGGAGGAACCGUCUGGACAGCCUCCCAGUGCUAGAGAGCCUCGCCGCCGACAUUCUGACCUUUCUCGCGAGUCUCUCGCCGACCGAAGCCUUGGGCUUGUCAAGGACACCAGCCACCUUGAAAACCCGCGAAUACCUCGGGUUGCGAUCGAAGUUCGACCCCAUAAGGAGGAUGUUUUAUACCGGACAGCCGUUCCUCUCUGCGAGUGAUCUGCAGCUACAAGAUGCGAAUCACAUCCAGGCCAUACGGAAGAUCAACCAAGCCAUAUUUAUGUCUAGUAUAUUCACAGGUGAGAUCGGACUUCGCGACAUGGACCGGGGUUUUCUCCCUGUGCUCGUGCCCGAUAAUGGCUAUCUUCAGAAGUCGCAAGCCUCCGUAUUCCUGGCUUUGAAAACGCAAGGGUUCAUAACGGCUUGGAGAACUGGAGCAGCUCCGCCUCAUGUGGUUGUGGCCGAUAUGUUUGCUCCAGACUUGGACAAGCAGAUCCUAGCACGAAGACCGGGAACAACAACAUUAGCACCCACUGAGCAAGACCUUCUGAAUCAGGUUACAGCAAGACGCGAGAUCUUGCAAACUCAUGCACAAAAUAACACGCUUGACCAAUUGGCUUUGAAGUAUCCGUGGGACGAUUUCAGUCGAGAGGUCUCAUCCUAUUUGUAUCAAAGCAUUGAAAGCGCUUCCAAGAAUGGCGGUGGUCAGGGUGGUGGUGAUGCUUCGAAAAAUGCUCAGCGAGGACAGAUGGAAGGGCAAUUCUCGAUUCACGCGCCACCCGUCCCGACUGCGUCCACCGAGUCUAUCUUCAUGCAAGUAACCCAAGGCCAGACUCCAAGCCUUUCGCUUUUCGGCGAAGAGUUUAUCGCACAAGCCGCUCGAGCUGCAGAGAUUGCCAUGAAAGGACUGGGCGCUGUGUCCGCCGCUGAAGCUGCUCCUACAGCACCUCCUACAGCACCUCCUCCCCCAACCAAAUCAGCCACCCCUGCCUCUCAAAUGCCUCUACCCGACUAUCAACAAUAUGAACCACCUUCCGAAAACAUCAAGUCCGAAUCGCCUCUUUCUACACCUGGUGGAAAUCCAGACGUCCCUCACAGCUCACAAACAGCGCCUACUCUUGUGCUAUACGAGAGAGCUAGACAAGCAGCGGCCGCGAAAACAUCGCUGACCCCACGAAAAGGCGUUGUACCUGCGCAGAGGCGUCCUUGGACUCCGGAAGAGGAACAUGCUCUCAUGAAGGGAAUUGACCAAGUCAAAGGUGGCCAUUGGAGUCAGAUUCUCGCCAUGUAUGGCCCUGGUGGCACGGUCAACGAAACGCUAAAGGAUCGGAACCAAGUUCAACUGAAAGAUAAGGCGCGAAACCUCAAGUUGUAUUUUUUGAAAAGUGGUGUCGAAGUACCCUACUAUCUACAAGCCGUGACUGGAGAUCUUAGAACGCGUGCUCCAGGACAAGCCUCGAAGCUUGAGGACGCUAAAGAACGCGAGAGGUUGCAGUUGGAAGCAGAUCAAGUGUCAUUUGAGGAACUGGAAGGUGACGAACCGCCACAUCCAAACUUGGUUGAUAGUGGCACACCCCUACCAACACAAGCAUCGCCUGUCAUCAAUGAACCUGGACAAGCGAGUCCACCCAAAGACGUCGAGCCAAAGAAAUUCGAACCGAGUAUGGCUGAUGUUGAGGCGAUGAUAGCGAGAGCAGCAGCGCAAGCCGCACAGGAAGCGAAGUCAACCGUGCCUGGAUCGUGAUGCUCUAUCAUGAGAGAAUAGUUGAAGAAGUAUUAUGUAUAAGAAGCAGCCUUGUAUAUAAUAUGGCAUUUUG